GUUUGUCAUUGUAUCACUACCAUCUUCAGCAACCACCACGCACCCGACAUAAACACCCCUAGUGGCCUCUUCGUGAGGACAUGCGGGAACUGUAGUUACAAACGGCAACUUCGACCGCUUCAUUCCCUUGUUCUCGUGGCUUUCUACCCGGCCUACAGAGGGUGUCACGGCGAGAAUCUGCUUGGAGCAUUGGCUUGUCUGGUUUCUUUACUCGCAAGCGGUGCGAAUCCACUCGACAAGGCGGACAUCUCGGUCACAGCUCUCAUGGGAAACGAUGCGCAGAUGGAAUGUACGCACGUUCCAUCAGAACCCCUCGAGCUUGCGAGACAACUACCCGAGCGAAUAUUGGAAGCGUGGACAGCAGAAUUGUGGCUUGCAUGGGAUGUGUUCAUUAGGGUUCUCGAGUUAGCUCAGAGGGAGAGGAGGCAAGCUCAAAGCCAUGCCGACCGAACGCACCAGCAUCGGUGCGAGCACAAUGAGUAUCACAAUAUUUACAGUGGCAGCAACGAUUUGGGGGUGCUGCGGGCGGCUGUUCAAACCGAACUAGUCACCUUAUAGGAGAGUGAAGGAAGGCGAUGCAUGGAUUUCGGACAAUUUUGAUUCUCGCUGUUACCUCUGGUAACAAGAAGCAUGAUGAAACCUUUUUGCGAGUGCGGUACAUUCCUCGAAGGGGAUUUCCUUCUAGCCACGGCUCCCACUGGAUGUAGCCAUUAUUUUUCUAAUCUGGAGGACUGGUCGCGCUCUCCGUAUCUCGCCAUACGAUUGGGGAAUAUGGGAGAUGAAUGGGUUACUCAACGGAGGACAGGUUCGAUUCCUAGCAGCGCUAC